CGUUACACCCCCGCGGCCCCGUGACCAAACAUUUACAGUUGCCGUCCCAGCGCAUGCGCAAGUGAUUCUUGUAACCGCGAAGUAUGAGCAACGGGAAUGACAUCAUGACGGGAAGUUUUAUGGUGUAGCUGAUUCACGUGACAUUGGUUGUGAAUUGAGGCAAACGCUGAGACGUGUCAUUAAAUAUUUGUGUUCUGACAGUGUUGGUGCUACACACAAGAGGUUUAGGAGAGUUUCUUGUUGUUUCCAUCUAAGAAGCAAGUUUCACUAAGGCUCAGGUAAUAACUGGACGACUGACGAAAACGGGUACCCCCUUGUUUUGCAAGAUAACACACAUUCACCAAUGGCUUCUCAGUCAUAUUACCGGUCACCGUGUACACCAACAGUGUAUCCUGCUGAACCAUUUGAUCCAAAGGCCGAUGCAGAAAUAUUAAGGAGAGCAAUGAAGGGAUUUGGCACCGAUGAGCAGGCCAUAAUUGAUAUAGUAACUAGACGGAGCAUAGUACAGCGCAUUGAAAUAGCGGACACUUAUAAAACAAUGUAUGGGAAGGAUUUAAUAUCAAAUUUAAAAAGUGAACUGAGUGGGAAUUUUGAGAAUGUCAUUAUUGGGCUGAUGACACCUCUGCCACAGUUUUAUGCUAAAGAAUUGAAUGAUGCAGUCAGAGGCCUGGGGACAGAUGAGGAAGCUAUUAUUGAGAUAAUGUGCACACUAAGCAACUAUGGAAUACGUGCAAUUUGUUCAGUCUAUGAGAAAAUAUAUGGAAGAACCCUGGAACAUGAUUUAAAAGAUGACACCUCAGGACACUUCAAGCGUUUCCUUGUAUCUCUCUGUAUGGCAAACAGGGAUGAAAAUACAGAUGUGGAUGAGACAGCAGCCCAACAAGAUGCAAACGCACUUUUUGAAGCAGGUGAGAAGCAGUGGGGAACAGAAGAGUCAGUUUUCAAUGCAAUUUUGGUUUCUCGUAGUGAAAAUCAUUUGAGGCAAGUGUUUGUGGAAUAUGAGAAACUGACGGGUCACACCCUGGAGGAAGCCAUUAAGAGUGAAUUUUCAGGAAGCAUAAAGAAGGGCUUGAUGGCAAUAGUGAAGUGCAUCGUAGACAAGACUGCAUUCUUUGCUGAGCGCCUUUAUAAAAGCAUGGCUGGUUUGGGCACAAAUGAUAAAACUCUGAUACGAAUUGUGGUUGCACGCUCGGAGAUAGACUUGGGUGACAUCAAAAGAAAAUUUGAAGCAAUUUAUGGAAAGACAUUGGAAAGUUUCAUUGCUGGUGACACUUCUGGUGAUUAUAAGAGAGCUUUGCUUGCUAUUGUGGAUUGAUGAAAAUUGUCUUUUUCUGUAUGUAACCACAACUUUUUGUGAUAAAAUGAAUCUCAGAUUGUGAACUUGUACUAGUUUAGAAAUGAAAUUUGGGCUUCUGAAUAUGACAAAAAGAGUAAUUGUUUAUUAUUAUAAGAUCUAAGGUGACGGCUUGAUCUUGAUAUGAAAUGAGUGUAAUAUACAAAUUUUAUUUAUUCAGAAAAAUAUAUGUAUACAAUGAAACUGCACCAGA